AGUCUGAGCCAAUGUUAUCGGGCGCGUAAGGCUCUCCGUCGGGUUUACCAACACACCGAAAGGAUCCUUAUCGCAGAGGUCUCAUCUAACCCAUUAACAACAGUCAUAGUCAUGUACUCACCCACCAACGUGGCCCCAACUGAGGAGGCGGAGAAGUUCUUCGAGGACCUGGCAACAGCCAUGCGAGGUGUUCCAGCACACAACUUCCUGGCAAUCCCCAGGAUUGCCAGGCUCGGACCAGAGGACACACCCUUCCCAUACCACGACUCUACCAACCGCAAUGGUGCAUACCUCACCGCCCUUCUCAUGGAGCACGAACUACUGGCAGCGAACACCUUGUUCCAGAAAAGACAAGGCAAGAGAUGGACCUUCCAGGAUCGAGCCACACGUAUGGUACGCCAACUGGACUAUAUACUUGUGAGGAGAAAAUGGAGGAACUCCAUCCUUAAUGCCGAACCAUACAGUUCGUUCAGCUCGGUGGGUUCGGACCACCGUGUGGUGUCCAUGAGGGUGCGACUGAGCCUCAGGGUCCCCAAGCCUAGUCCCAAGAUCUGGCACGAUUGGAAGGCAUUCGCAAACGAUCCUGGCCUUCAAACCAGGUACACUGAGGAAGUCAGGAAUCGGUUCCAGCAGCUGGACAAGGGAGCGGAGCCCAGCAGUGAAUAUAUGAGAUUUGUCGCUGCAAACGAGGAGGCAACCAGGAUGUGUGUGCGCGUGUUGGACAGAGCUAGAACCUCCCUGAGGUCCAAACAUCCGGAGGUCGUAGCGGCACGAGGAAGUGUGGAGGAAGCACGCCUCAACUUUGAGCGUGAACCAACCCAGCAGAGACGUGGGGAACUGAGAGAAGCCAAGCAGCUACUGCUCAGUACCUACGACAACAUCAAGGGGGAGGAACUGAUGGAGAAGGUGCGAAGGGUGCAGGCUGCGCAAGGCGAAAAACAGUAUGGGGAAUCCUGGAGGGUCAUCAACGAAAUGACUGGGCGGAAAAGGACAAAGGAGGGACAGGUUGAAGGUCACAGCCCUGAGGAGAGGAUGGCAACCUGGUUCAACCACUUCCGAAGCCUUCUGGGUUCAACAGCAGAUGGGGCCGAGGAAGAAAUUCCACCAGUCCUCCGGAACCUAGACAUCGAUGAUGGUCCAUUCACUGUCACUGAGCUAGCCCGGGCGAAAGGCACAGUGAGAGCUGGAAAAAGUGCAGGGCCAGAUGGCAUACCCCCAGAGGUUUUAAAGAACUGUGACCUGGAUGACAUCAUGCUGGAGUUUUCCAAACAAGCGCUACUGCAAAACAAACUGCCUGAACUAUGGUCUCUCUCCAACAUCAUCCCAGUGCCUAAAUCAGGAGACCUCUCAAAGCCAGACAACUACAGAGGCAUCAGCCUGACAUAGAAGAUAUACAACCGCAUG